GAAAGAGCAAAAUAAAGAAGAAGAGGAGGAAGAGAGGGCAAGAGAGGAAGGGGGCAAGAACCAAAACACCAACCCGGGCAGAGGAGGAGGCGCGGCGGCAGCGGCAGCGGCGGCGGCGGCGGCGGCGGCAGCGGCGGCGGCGGCGGCGGCGGCAGCAGCAGCUCAGACCCCCUCCCCGGCUCCCCUCAUCAGAGCAGCUCUCCGGGCGAUGCCAGAAUAGAUGCCGGGGCAAUGUCCCGCCGCAAACAGGGCAACCCGCAGCACUUAUCCCAGAGGGAGCUCAUCACCCCUGAGGCUGACCAUGUGGAGGCUGCCAUCCUCGAAGAAGACGAGGGUCUGGACAUAGAGGAGCCCAGCGGCCUGGGGCUGUUGGUGGGUGGCCCCGACCCUGACCUGCUCACCUGUGGACAGUGUCAGAUGAACUUCCCCCUGGGGGACAUCCUGGUUUUUAUAGAGCACAAGAAGAAGCAGUGUGGCGGCGGCCUGGGCGCCUGCUAUGACAAAGGCCUGGACAAGGGCAGCCCGCCGCCCGCCUCGCGCUCCGAGCUCAGGAAAGUGUCCGAGCCCGUGGAGAUCGGGAUCCAGGUCACCCCCGAUGAAGAUGACCACCUGCUCUCGCCCACGAAAGGCAUUUGCCCCAAGCAGGAGAACAUUGCAGGGCCGUGCAGGCCUGCCCAGCUGCCCGCGAUGGCCCCCAUAGCUGCCUCCUCCUCCCACCCUCACACAUCCGUGAUCACCUCACCUCUGCGCGCCCUGGGCGCUCUGCCGCCCUGCUUCCCCCUGCCGUGCUGCAGCGCGCGCCCGGUCUCGGGUGACGGGACUCAGGGUGAGGGGCACGCGGAGGCUCCUUUUGGAUGUCAGUGUCAGUUGUCAGGUAAAGAUGAGCCUUCCAGCUACAUUUGCACAACAUGCAAGCAGCCCUUCACCAGCGCGUGGUUCCUGCUGCAGCACGCGCAGAACACGCACGGCUUCCGCAUCUACCUGGAGCCCGGGCCGGCCAGCAGCUCCCUCACGCCGCGGCUCACCAUCCCGCCGCCGCUGGGGCCCGAGGCCGUGGCCCAGUCCCCGCUCAUGAAUUUCCUGGGCGACAGCAACCCCUUCAACCUGCUGCGCAUGACGGGUCCCAUCCUGCGGGACCACCCGGGCUUCGGCGAGGGCCGCCUGCCCGGCACGCCGCCGCUCUUCAGCCCGCCGCCGCGCCACCACCUGGACCCGCACCGCCUCAGCGCCGAGGAGAUGGGGCUCGUCGCCCAGCACCCCAGUGCCUUUGACCGAGUCAUGCGCCUGAACCCCAUGGCCAUCGACUCGCCCGCCAUGGACUUCUCGCGGCGGCUCCGCGAGCUGGCGGGCAACAGCUCCACGCCGCCGCCCGUGUCGCCGGGCCGCGGGAACCCUAUGCACCGGCUCCUGAACCCCUUCCAGCCCAGCCCCAAGUCCCCGUUCCUGAGCACCCCGCCGCUGCCGCCCAUGCCCCCCGGCGGCACGCCGCCGCCGCAGCCGCCCGCCAAGAGCAAGUCGUGCGAGUUCUGCGGCAAGACCUUCAAGUUCCAGAGCAAUCUCAUCGUGCACCGGCGCAGCCACACGGGCGAGAAGCCCUACAAGUGCCAGCUGUGCGACCACGCGUGCUCGCAGGCGAGCAAGCUCAAGCGCCACAUGAAGACGCACAUGCACAAGGCGGGCUCGCUCACCGGCCGCUCCGACGACGGCCUCUCGGCCGCCAGCUCCCCGGAGCCCGGCACCAGCGAGCUCACGGGCGAGGGCCUCAAGGCCGGGGGCGACUUCCGCCACCACGAGAGCGACCCGUCGCUGGGCCACGAGCCCGAGGAGGAGGAAGAGGAGGAGGAGGAGGAGGAGGAGGAGCUGCUGCUGGAGAACGAGAGCCGGCCCGAGUCGAGCUUCAGCAUGGACUCGGAGCUGAGCCGCAACCGGGAGAACGGCGGCGGCGUGGCCGGGGUGCCGGGCGCGGGCGGCAUGGGCGGCGCGGCCAAGGCGCUGGCCGACGAGAAGGCCCUGGUGCUGGGCAAGGUCAUGGAGAACGUGGGCCUGGGCGCGCUGCCGCAGUACGGCGACCUGCUGGCCGACAAGCAGAAGCGCGGCGCCUUCCUGAAGCGCGCGGCGGGCGACCCGGGGGACGAAGACGACGCGGGUGGCUGCGGGGACGCGGGCCCGGGGGGCGCCGUCAACGGGCGCGGCGGCGGCUUUGUGCCGGGCGCCGAGCCCUUCCCGGGCCUCUUCCCGCGCAAGCCGGCGCCGCUGCCCAGCCCGGGGCUCAACAGCGCGGCCAAGCGCAUCAAGGUGGAGAAGGACCUGGAGCUGCCGCCCGCCGCGCUCAUCCCGUCGGAGAACGUGUACUCGCAGUGGCUGGUGGGCUACGCGGCGUCGCGGCACUUCAUGAAGGACCCCUUCCUGGGCUUCACGGACGCGCGCCAGUCGCCCUUCGCCACGUCCUCCGAGCACUCGUCCGAGAACGGCAGCCUGCGCUUCUCCACGCCGCCGGGGGACCUGCUGGACGGCGGCCUGUCGGGGCGCAGCGGCACGGCCAGCGGCGGCAGCACGCCGCACCUGGGCGGCCCCGGGCCCGGGCGGCCGAGCUCCAAGGAGGGCCGGCGCAGCGACACGUGCGAGUACUGCGGCAAGGUGUUCAAGAACUGCAGCAACCUGACGGUGCACCGGCGGAGCCACACCGGCGAGCGGCCUUACAAGUGCGAGCUGUGCAACUACGCGUGCGCGCAGAGCAGCAAGCUCACGCGCCACAUGAAGACGCACGGGCAGAUCGGCAAGGAGGUGUACCGCUGCGACAUCUGCCAGAUGCCCUUCAGCGUCUACAGCACCCUGGAGAAACACAUGAAAAAGUGGCAUGGCGAGCACUUGCUGACUAACGACGUCAAAAUCGAGCAAGCCGAGAGGAGCUAA